UUGUUUGAUUUAGUUUCAAUUUCCGCCGAUAGGUGCUGCAUGCACCAGCUUGCAAAGUGUCAGCGAGUCUGCUAGUUGUCUCUUGAAUACAGUUUUCGGCAAAUUAAAAAUUCCAAACUCUGGUCGCGCAUUGCGUGAGCACAACUAUGUCCAAAGUGUCGUAAAUGAUCUACGCGCGAGUCAUAUUACCCCCCAGCUAGCGCACGGUGGCCGCGGCAGCUUGCCUCGCACAUGUCGUUCGGCGGCUAGCAGACGGCAUCCGUGCGUGUGCGGCGGACAAACAAACGCGCGUGCACGUAACCAUGGACGAGGACACCAGCAGCCGCACCAGCCCCACAAUGUGUAACAGCGAACUCGAGAUGAACACGCGCAUCUUCAGCGUCAACUCCGAGGAUGGCGACGAGGAGCGCGCACCAACCACCGCCACACUAGACGAAUGGCAUGAUCCCAUCGACGAUGACCUGGACAACCUCAACAUCAACAGCUUCUUCCAUCGGGUAGGCAGUGACCAAAUCAUCUAUGCAGUCAAACCGCGUCGGCUGAAGAUGAUUGGUAGAUAUGUCAUGGGUGAUCUCCUCGGAGAAGGUUCCUAUGGAAAGGUGAAAGAACUCAUGGACACAGACACACUCUGCCGGCGCGCUGUGAAGAUCCUCAAACAACGCAAGCUACGCCGGAUACCGAAUGGUGAACAAAAUGUACAAAGUGAAAUCAAACUGCUGCGACAAUUGAAACACAAGAAUGUGAUUCGAUUAGUUGAUGUGCUUGUUAAUGAUGAGAAGCAGAAAAUGUACCUGGUGAUGGAGUUCUGCGUUGGGUCGCUGCAGGGCAUGCUGGACUCAACGCCGAACAAAAAGUUUCCGCUUUUUCAGGCGCACGAUUACUUCACGCAACUGAUCGACGGGCUGGAGUAUUUGCACAGCAUGCGUAUCAUUCACAAAGAUCUCAAACCGGGUAAUCUGUUGCUGACGCUGGAGGGCGACUUGAAAAUUAGCGACCUGGGUGUUGCCGAGACAAUUGAUUUGUUUGCGCCGGACGAUACGUGUCACAAUGGUCAAGGCUCGCCGGCGUUUCAACCGCCCGAAAUCGCCAAUGGGUUGGAAUCUUUUCUGGGGUUCAAAGUGGAUAUUUGGAGCGUCGGGGUUACUUUGUACAACAUUACCACUGGUAUCUAUCCCUUUGAGGGCGAUAAUAUUUAUAGACUGUUUGAGAAUAUCGGUAGAGGUGAAUUUACGAUACCUGGUGAUAUUAUUGAUCCUCUGAGGGAUUUACUUUUGGGGUUGUUAAGGAAGGAUCCCAAUGAACGACUUAGUUUACAACAAAUUCGCCAACAUUCUUGGUUUUAUCGGAAACCAGCGCGGAAAUCGAUUGAAGUACCGAUUCCAGCGCUCAAAGGUGGUGAUGAGCUGCACAACAUGACUGUGCUGCCCUACCUCAAUGAUCAUUAUUAUGAGGAAGCCGACAAUAACGACGACGUAUAUUACACUGAGAGGGAAUUAAAUGAGGAAAGACAAAGACUAGAGGAUACAAACAAGAACGGCACGACGUCGACGUGCUCGUCGUCAUCGAAGCGCCGAUGGAAGAAGCCGAUUUCAUGUAUUACGGUGAAACGACUGCCCGGCUGCAAGCAGUCGUGACUAUUCGCUUGUGAUAUAUUUUAAUGAUACGAAACUAGAAAUACAACUAUAGAGACACUUAAGUAAGAGUUGAUGGUACUGUUUCUCGGACGAAAUGAGACGUAUUUUUCUAUUGCGCAAUAAUUUUGAACGUGUUUGCCAUCAUAUUAUGUAUAGCGAUUGGAACACCAAUACCGAACUCCGUACAAAUUAGUUUUUCAUAUAGACGUAUGUACAUAUAAGCGCACAAGAGUAUGCGGAGCGUGUUUCGAUUGUUUCAAGCACUGCAACCAUGGUCCAAUACUUAUUUCGUAACGUUUAAGCUUGCGCUACAUUUUCGAUCGAUAUUUACGAGCAAUCUCACACUCGCGCGAAUUGGAGAAAUCAAUUAUUACGGUUAAUUCUAUCAAUAUUAUUGUAUAUGUAUGUAUAUUAUUGUUGUUGUUCACUCUUUAAGUUUUAUUACACCGUUGUUGAUAUGGUGCGAAUGGCGGCGCACGCGAGAUGAUUGCGGACUGAGUCUGAAUUUAAUGUUAUUGAUGUGUGAAUGUGAAAUGAGAAUUGCGUGCGGAAAGAUAUUAAAAGACUUAACUUCAAAGACGAGAGUGCCAUAAGAAAAGAAAAUCGUGAAAAGAUAUAAGAAAUAAACAAAUUGUUGAAUAA